AUGUCAGACCUCCCAUACCCCACCCGCCAGAACUACUGGAACGGCCGCCCACAACCCUCCUCCUCCACGGCCUUCCAAACCAUCGACCCCUCCACCGCCAAACCCCUCGCAGACGUCCACACGGCCUCCCACGCCGACAUCGACGCUGCGAUCGCCUCCGCUGCCUCCGCCUUCCCCUCCUGGUCCACCACUCCUCCCACCCAGCGUGCGCGCAUCCUCCUCGCCGCCGUCGCCCUCCUCCGCGCGCGCAACGAUGAGCUCGCCCGCGUCGAAACCCACGACACCGGCAAACCCUUCAGCGAGACCAGCACCGUAGAUGUAGUCACCGGCACCGACGUGCUGGAGUACUUCGCGCACCUCGUCGCGGGCGGGGGUCUGAACGGCGAAACUACGCAGCUGCGGCCGGACGCAUGGGUCUAUACGCGCAAGGAGGCGCUGGGCGUGUGCGUGGGCAUAGGGGCCUGGAACUACCCCCUCCAGAUCGCGCUGUGGAAGGCUGCGCCGUGCCUUGCGGCGGGGAAUUGCAUGGUCUAUAAGCCCAGCGAGGUCACGCCGCUGCAUGGGAUGUUGCUUGCGCAGGUGUUUAGCGAGGCGGGACUCCCGGAUGGGGUGUUCAACAUCGUGAAUGGGGGUGGGGAGGUCGGCGCGUAUUUGACUGCUCAUCCCAGCGUGGCAAAGGUCAGUUUUACGGGGCAGGUGGCUACGGGGCAGAAGGUCGCGGCUAGUGCGGCGGGGGGGAUGAAGUAUGUGACCAUGGAGCUUGGGGGCAAGAGUCCGCUGCUGGUUCUUGAGGACUGCGAGGUUGAGAACGCGGUUGAUGGGGCCAUGAUGGCGAAUUUCUUCUCGACGGGGCAGGUAUGCACGAAUGGGACAAGGGUCUUUGUGCCGGAGGGCAUGAAGGAGAGGUUUGAGAAGAAGCUACUGGAGAAGAUGGAGUAUAUUCGGGCAGGCGACGUCAUGGACCACAAUACGAACUUCGGACCUUUAGUAGGCAAGGUGCAUUACGAGAAGGUGAUGGGCUACAUCAAGCACGGUGUGGAAGCCGACAAGGCGAAGCUCCUGUAUGGCGGUCCGGAGAAGCCAGUCUUCCCUGACGGCACGGCCGAGGCGCUCAAACAGGGCUUCUGGGUGAGGCCGACCAUCUUCACAGACUGCACGGACGACAUGCGAAUAGUACGGGAGGAGAUCUUCGGGCCCGUCAUGACCAUCCUGACCUACAAGACCGUGGAGGAAGCGAUAGAGAGAGCAAACGAUACAAGCUUAGGGCUUGCGGCAGGCAUAUUCACACGAGAUCUCAACCUGGCCCAUACGGUGGUUGCACAGCUACAGGCGGGUAUCACGUGGAUUAACAGCUGGGGCGAGAGCCCGGCAGAGAUGAGUGUUGGUGGCUGGAAGCAGAGCGGUGUCGGGGUUGAAAACGGCAGGAGAGGGAUCGAGGCGUGGGUGAGGAACAAAAGCACACUGGUGGAUAUGAGCGGGAGUGUUGCGAGCGUGUUUUCAAAGCUGUAA